UGAAGGAAACACAUUUGAUAUUUCGCCAAAAAAAUGCAAUAUUGAUCCAAAGUUCGUUUAUUUUGUUGAAGAGUGCCCAUUUUUAGUUUUCAAGAAAAGAAGAAACACCAUUUUGAUAAUUUAGUUUUUAGAUGGCGGGUUGCAAGGCAAAUCCAGCGGUUUCAGAGGAAAUACUGCCUAAUUUGCUAAAGAAUACGCCGUCAAAUAUCGCAAGAUUGGAGGAUGUGAUCGAGAAUUGUAAAGGUCGUCAAAAGUAUCUUGCACAAACUAGAAGUCCAUCUGAUGGUGGUGAUGUUAGGUGGUAUUUCUGUAAGGUGCCUUUGGCAGAGAAUGAGUUAGCUGCCUCAGUCCCGCUCACUGAGAUAGUGGGAAAGAGCGACUAUUUUCGUUUUGGUAUGAGGGAUUCUCUUGCAAUAGAAGCAUCUUUCUUGCAGAGAGAAGAAGAGUUGCUCACUAGUUGGUGGAAAGAGUAUGCAGAAUGUAGCGAAGGCCCAGUGGGUUGGCCUACCACCAGUAAGAAGUUCAAUACACUAGAAAAUGCUGAUUCUCCAGAGGGUGGACGAGCAGCUCAACUACAUGAAGUGGAAGAGGAGAGAGUAGGUGUGCCUGUCAAGGGAGGACUCUAUGAGGUAGAUCUGGUGAAGAGACAUUGUUUUCCUGUUUAUUGGAAUGGAGAAAAUCGGCGUGUUUUGAGAGGUCAUUGGUUUGCUCGUAAAGGAGGCUUGGAUUGGCUCCCUCUUCGAGAGGAUGUAGCUGAACAGUUAGAGAUUGCAUACCGGAGCCAGGUUUGGCACCGAAGGAUGUUUCAACCAUCAGGCCUUUUUGCAGCCCGUGUUGAUCUGCAAGGCUCUACACUGGGACUUCAUGCCCUUUUUACGGGAGAAGAUGAUACUUGGGAGGCUUGGCUCAACAUUGAUGCUUCUGGUUUUUCUAAUAUUGUUAGCUUGAGUGGGAAUGAAAUCAAGUUAAGGCGUGGUUACUCUGCAUCUCACUCAGCUAAACCAACCCAGGAUGAACUACGACAGCGGAAGGAGGAGGAAAUGGAUGAUUACUGCUCACAGGUCCCUGUUCAACAUGUGGUUUUUAUGGUUCAUGGUAUUGGCCAAAGAUUGGAGAAGUCCAAUCUUGUUGAUGAUGUUGGAAACUUCCGCCAUAUCACCGCGAGUCUUGCUGAACAACAUCUUACUUCACACCAACGAGGUGCUCAACGAGUUCUUUUCAUUCCAUGCCAGUGGAGAAAGGGCUUGAAGCUUAGUGGUGAAGCUGCGGUUGAAAAGAUUACUUUAGAUGGUGUACGUGGUUUGCGAGUUAUGCUGAGUGCAACAGUUCAUGAUGUAUUGUACUACAUGAGCCCCAUCUAUUGUCAAGACAUUAUUAAUUCGGUUGAAUUGAUUGGUAUCACUUUGCUCCAGGUAUCAAACCAAUUAAACCACCUGUACUUGAAGUUUCUUAAGCGGAAUCCUGGUUAUGAUGGAAAGGUUUCGAUAUAUGGUCAUUCAUUGGGAAGUGUCCUCUCAUAUGACAUCCUGUGCCAUCAAGAGAAUCUGUCUUCUCCAUUCCCAAUGGAUUGGAUGUAUAACGAACAUCAUAGGAGUCAAGAAUCUUCCCUUGAUAUGAAGCAUGACUUGACCAAUCUGGAGGGUAACAAUUCCAACGUGGUCAGUGAAGCCAAGGACAUUGUGGAUCCUGUUGAUGAAGAAAUGAUGACUGCACGAUCAGCUUUAUUACAAGAGGAUGGGUGUGCUCAUGAUUUUUCCUCAAUCUUGAGUCCUCAUGUGUCAGAUUUGGAUGAAACUUCAUCAGAUUCAAAUUUUAAGCAAAUGGGUGGAAAAGAAAGUCUCCAUGAAUUUGUUCAUGACUCCAGUAAUGUGUUCUCUCAGGAAAGAGAUCUUGUAUGUGAAGGUACAGAAAUGAAGUUAGAAGACCCAAUGAGUGGUGUGGACAAUAUGGAAGUGGAAGGCAGUGAAGACACCGGCAAUAAGGAAAAAGAAAUUAAUAUGCUGAUGGAAGAGAUCAAUUCCUUAAAAGCUAAAAUAGCAGAAUUGGAAUCCAAGUGUGGUGGUGCAAAUGCAAAUGAAAGGGGAAAGGCUACUGAAAACAUGCCAAAGCAACCCAUAUCUGAGACGUUGGCACUUGGACAAGAUGAAGCAGCAAGGAGUUAUACCCCUUGUAUAAAGUACACAAAACUUGAAUUCAAGGUAGACACAUUCUUUGCUGUUGGAUCUCCUCUUGGAGUCUUUCUUUCUCUUCGCAACAUUCGGAUUGGAAUCGGUAAAGGGCAAAAAUAUUGGGCAGAGGAAAAUAUCAGUGAAGAGAUGCCAGCAUGUAGUCAAAUGUUCAAUAUUUUUCACCCAUUUGAUCCUGUAGCAUAUAGAAUAGAACCUCUAGUCUGUAAAGAAUUUAUCAGCAAGCGCCCAGUUAUUAUUCCUUACCACAAAGGUGGAAGAAGGUUGCACAUUGGGUUUCAGGAGCUAACUGAAGAUUUAGCUGGUCGUUCUCAAGCAAUAAUGAAUCAUCUAAACUUUGUAAAGGGUAAGGUGCUUACAGUUUGCCAAUCAAGGAUUGCAUACAGUGAAGAAGUAGAAGAAAAUUCCCUUGAAAAAGAAGAGAGAACAUAUGGCUCAAUGAUGAUGGAGAGGCUAACUGGAAGUGAAGGACGAAUAGACCACAUACUUCAAGAUAAAACUUUUAAGCAUCCAUAUCUGCAAGCCAUUGGAGCGCACACGAACUAUUGGAGGGAUCAUGACACUGUACUCUUCAUUUUAAAACACUUGUAUAGGGAGAUACCUGAAGACCCCAUCUUACCUACAGAAUCUAAUGGAGGCACCUCAAAAUAUAAGAUUGGUUCCACAGGCUGGUAUGAUAACAGUGAGGCUGCUGAGGAGGAACUUCCUUUGACAUUCUCUGACAGAAUGAUGGCUAGAAACUUCUCGAGGAAAGCAAAGAAAUAUAUGAAAAACCCUUGAGUACUGACUGAAGUUCUUGUUGCGGCAUGUCAGAUGCAGAUGCAGAUGCAGAUGCAGAUGCAUACAACAGGGCUUCUCCUUAUUGUUUACGUCAAGUGUCUUUGCACCAACUGCAUCAUCAGACUUGGGGGGCGGAGCAUGAUUCUAAUGCAGCUUCAAAGAUUUUAGAAUGAAGUUGAUGUGGAAUCGAAGGCGUUGCAUGCAGAUGUUAGUUAUAGGGUAGUUGCUCGACCAUACUUUGACACCGCAGAUUUUUUGUUUUAUGCUUAUUAUGUACAUAAAAAAAGAAUUCUGGCUCGUGAAAAUGUAUUUUGUAAAAACUGGAAAAAUGUACAGUAUGAUAGAACUGUGUACUACUGGUUGUAACUACUGUAACAUGUUUACAUCAACUUUCUUCCUGACAGCAAAAGCAAUGUCAAUCAAGGUGACUUGCAUCA